UUCCCUGUGAGAAUUUCUGUUUUGAAGCGAUGUUACUUACUCGGAAUGACUAAUCGAUAGUACGCGAUAGUAAGUGCUGCAAUGAAAGGUGAUAAGAUGGCGGCUGACAAUGAUGAACCAAUAACAGACCAAGAAAAGGUUCGAAUUGUGACGAAUUUCAUCUUACAUUCUCCUCCUGGUGAAUUUAAUGAAGUUUUCAACGAUGUUAGAGUACUGUUGAAUAACGAUAGUUUGUUGAAAGAAGGUGCUUCAUCUGCAUUUUCGCAGUACAACAAGGAUCAGUUGACUCCGGUCAAAAUUCAAGGUUCCGAAUAUAAAGCAUUGAUUACUGAGCACAAUGACCUUGGAGGUGGUCGUUUUUUUGAUGACAGGUCUCGACAGAGUUUCAAAUAUGACCAUCUAAAAAAGGAAGCUUCAGAUUAUCAGUCAUGGACACCAGACUCGACAACUGAACAGUGGCGUUCAGCUAUUGAAUCAGAACUGACAACAUACACGAUGAGCCACUACAAGAAUGGUGUCUGCAGUGUAUUUGGGAAAAUCCAUCAGGGUGGAAGCACUGUAACGGCCUGUAUUGAAGAUCAUCAGUUCCAACCCAACAACUACUGGAAUGGUAGAUGGCGUUCCCAGUGGUGCAUCACUCUGCCCCAAGGAUCAGCAUCCAUAGAGCUGCGUGGUAUUCUCAAAGUACAGGUACACUACUAUGAAGACGGAAAUGUCCAGCUUGUAAGCUCCAAGGAUGUGAAGGAGAAUUUAACAUCCACAUCUCCUGCAGAACUUGCCAAGGAAUUUGUUCGGCAGGUGGAAACUGCAGAAUCAGAAUACCAGUGUGCAAUUUCUGAAAACUACCAGACCAUGUCUGACACCACAUUCAAAGCUCUGCGCCGUCAGUUGCCAGUCACACGCGCAAAGAUUGACUGGAAUAAAAUAGUGUCAUACAGUGUUGGUAAGGAGCUUCGCAGCCAGUAGUUGACCCAUGUCACGUACCUAUGGCAGAAUCACAAUCUCGCCAUUCUGUUUAAUGCACAGUUGGUCAGAGCUAUUGUGCCAAGGUUAAUUGAGUGAAGUUCUGUUGUUCAAGUAAUCAUGUAGAUUUGGAAUUAUUUUCUUUUUGUCUUGGUGAAAUUUAUACAAGGCACACUUUUCCCCCCCAGCAGUGUGGUGCAGGCUAUUUAUAUAUGAUAUAAACAAAAUUAUGAAUGUGUCAUAUUGCACAUUUUUGUCAUGGUGAAAUUUAUACAUGGCCCACUUUUUUUGCCAGCAGUGCUGUUGAUUUAGUGAUAACAAUAUGUAUCUGAUUCAGAAGCGUUAUGUAUGAGUCGUACAUUUGGCUAAAGCCACUGUGAUAAGUAGGGUACAUGCAUAAUGGAGCAGCAAAGAAAGUGGUGAAAUCAAGGAAUGUAAACAUGCCUGAAUGUGCAAAAUUAAGUGUGAUCUCUCACUACUGGCCUUUCUCAGAUGGAAAGAACAAAUCAGCUUUUUAUCAUGAUCCAGCACUUUCUUACAGUGUUGGAGCUUUAGAUAUUGGUCUGGCUUAUUGAUAGUUCCUACCCAUGCAAAACAGGGGUUUAAGUGACAAUCAGAGAGAAACAAAAGAUAAAAUAAAGGAAAUUAGUUUAUCUUUGCUUCAUAUGACACUUUCCUCAAUCAGUAGAGCAUUAAUUAUUGAAUACUGUCGAUACUUUCCACCCGUGGCGUCUGCCAUAUACUUUAAUGUGAAUAAGCUGUUCUUGCAUGGAACUUCAUUCGAUGUAGUAUUCAAUACAUUUGGACUCCAAUUUUUUUUCCAUGAUUUUCUCUUUGCUUAACUCCCUUUCAUUCGUCGACUUGCUGCUCCAGUAUACGUGCAUGAACCUUAAGCUGUUAAUUUCAAUGAAACUCUGUUUUUAUUGAUGUGUAAAGUUGGAUAAAUCAGAUUUAUGCUAAAAUCCAAGUUUACUUGAAGAGUGGAUCUCUGGCCAUGUGAGAAACUGUCAUAAUUUGUUCAUAUUCAUAUAAUGUGUUAGUAAGAACUGAAUAUAACAGGCUGCAUUCUCUUAACCCAGAACCAACAGGAAUGAAAUCACUCCUGUAUUAAUUGCCUAGUUUAAUAUUGGUAGUUGUAGAAAUAGGCAUUUAAACCUAAUUGUGCAUGGUUCAUGAUGAUAAUGGUGUUGUUGAUGUAUAUGUCUCUUGUGGUAAGUUUAGUAGGGUGUGAAGUGGGUUAUACGUCAUUAGUAUUACAGUCAGUUAUGUAACCAGUGUGUUUAUUUCCUUAUUCAGUAACUGAAUUACAUCUCAGUAUAUUUUGUAUUUAAUUUAUGAUAGAACCUUUUUGGAAUUUUGCAUUAUUUUUCUCCCUACUACUAGGAAGUAGUAAAGUCCAUGACUACUUAUUCUCUGCCAGCUGUUGAGAGGCUCAGCCAGUAAUUUCUAGCAUGAGGCUGAUAUCUGCUUAAGUCUUGUAAGAAAAUUUUCAGCAUCAAAGGAGGGAAAAAGAAUUCAGUAUAUAGUGAAAUUUUUCAGAUAUUGAAAAUUAUAUUCAUUUGGUAUUGCACAUGGCAGAGUUGUCACUGUGUUCUCUGUUAUGCUUCCAGGCAUUUGUCAUUAGCCAUUAAGAGCAUAUACUUUUAACUAUUCUCAAAAUACUUACUGCAUAAUCUAGAUUGUAAUAAUCUUUUCUAUAUGUCUGAAUUUUGUUCACAGACAGUUGAUUCCAACACACAGAUGUGAUAACUUUAAUGCAAGUUUUAAUUUGGCUUUAGAAAGAUUAAAUAAAAAAUUAAUGUGUAUUGUUUCAAAGAUCCAUUUGUUACGAACUUGCCGUUUGAUUGUAUUGAGUUUAAAGGCUUCAGAAUUAUAAAUAACAGUUAUUCUUGUCGAUUAAAUUGAUGUCACAGGAAGCAUCAGUCAUGUGGCUAUCAGUACAUCCACAUAAUCUCAGUGUACCUUAAUGGCUAGUUGUCAAAGAUUCCUUAAAUUUCUCAGAUUGAGAAUUACAGAGUAUCAUGUUAGUUUUUUAUUUAAACUUUCAAAUGUAGUGUUCUUUAUUUUUUAAUACUUUGCAUCUUGAUUGUGUGAUUUUUUUAAUGUAGAUUGCCAGGUAAAGAAAAGGCAAAGUUAUCCCAGUGUGUAAUUAGUUUAGUAUUAUGGUAUGAAGACAUAUGGGGGAGUGGAGGCAAAACUCCACAUUUCUUGACCUUGACAGUGUACAUUGCCAGUGUGUCAUAAAAUAUAUCUGCAAAGCAGUAAUUGAUUUUGUAUAGAUAUAAUGACCAAGUUGAUUUCUGCUAUUUGGCUUUGCCUCUUGUGCAUAAAAGAGAAAAGUAGACAUUUCAUGGGAUAAAAAAUUUCUCACAAUGGUUGAAUUAUGCUUGCAAUGAGAAUGAUGCAUUCAUGUUUGCUUUAAAGUUAAUUUCACAGAUAAUCGUCCAUUUUUUAAUUGUUCCAUUCUUAAUAUCUCUUAUUAAUUUUGUUGUCCAGUUCUUUCCUGGAGCUACCCUGAGUCAGUUCCCCUUCUUCAGGUGUUAGUGUUGGAUUUGAGGUUCUCACAGAAGUGACUGUAAAAAGUACCAUCUUUUGGGAUCUGACAGCAUGUAGUCUCUUAGAAGUUCAUGAUAUUCCAGCACAGUAUAUUGCCACCAUCUUUAAGGCCUGAAGUUGAAGGCAGUACUUUCCUCUGAAACAUCUGCAACCACAUGGUCUCACAUAAUAAAAGAUAGGGAAAGCAGGUGGCUUAUUGUUCUAACCUGAGGAUGAAGGCAAUAUGUUCCUCCAAAACAUCAGUUGACUUUCAGUGGUCUACAUGGCAUUAUAUCCCAGAAGAUAGUACUAUUCAGCUCACCAUAUGUUCAUCAGCAGUAGAUUUUCUACUUGUGACAGAGCAUCUGAUUGCUUUAUAUCUGUGCUAACACAUUUUAUAAAAUCACAGGAUUUGCAGCUCAUGAAAUAUUAGUGUUCAUUUUACUGUACUCAUUCACAAAGUUGUCUUCAUGUGACAUUAUUCAAAACUAUGUUGUAUGGAGACAGGAUUUGUCUGUGCAAGUUUUGCAAAAAAUAAAAUGUACUUCCUUUCCAUUUUAUGAUUAGCUGCACAUCUAUAAGAACCUCGUCCUCAUCCACCACCACCACAAACUGGGGCUUUCCAAGCCUCUUUGAGUGGGUUUCCUCCUUUUUUGAUCUUUUAUUUGGAUAACCAGUGCAGCCAGACUUCUCCAAAAGAACUGGUUUUCAGAUCAUUUGUACUAGCCUCAUUUAAGCCUGUAUAAACUGUGAUAAGUAUAUCAUCUCUCCUGAGUCAGACCAGACUUUGAGAUGCCAGAAGAUUCUAUCCUAAUACCAGCAGUUUUAAGGAUCUGCAGAUUUUUCAUACUUAUUUUCAGACCUCACUAUUUAAUCAUUUGUAUACAUUAUUUAUUCACCAUGUCUCAUGUGAUGAAUAUGGAAAAUGAAACCAGUUAUAAGGGAAUUGAUGUAAAACAGUAUAUGUACAUAUUUUUGCAUUACAUGUAUUGCUUGUGAAUAGUGCAUUCGUUCUUAUAAUUAUCGUUUUAUAGCACAGUUAAUUGAAAACAACAUGGCGGGAUAUGAAAUUACUAAAGAAUAGAAGUGUAAUAUAAAUAUGAUUGUAAUGUACAUUAAUUUUUAUUGUGUUAGUGCAAUAUCUGGAACUUGCCUGGUGAUAAUAUAUUCGGUGGUGGGUGCCAGUAUGUUAAAGCCAGUAAAUAUGGAGGAAAAUGUAUGGGAAAAGUACUGCCUUAUGUACGUAAUAUGGCAAAUGUUCAGAAACAAGCAUUGCAUUACAUUACAUAAGGAAGAUACUUUUCUCUACAUUUGGAAGUGCACAUGAGUGGACAUUACAUUUCACACCUUUGAUUUCCCCCACAUUCAGGAAUUUCAAAUCAAACUCAACAGCCACAGCAGCAGGGCUGUUUUGCACAGCAUGAGACUGUGUGACAUUUGAUGUUACUGAGAAAACUUUUUGUUUGUUCUUAACAAUGAAUUCGUAGUGUACUGGACAUAGAUACAGGAAACUACAUUUUGUGGUAGGUUCAGCAGUGUGUGUUCAGUACAGGUUUGUAAGUAAGUUAAUAUCACUCGUUUUAGCCAUUUAUAAAUAAAUUUUAGACAAAUUAUUUUAUUUUUUUGGUCUUCACUAAAAUGGAAUUAAAAAUAUGUGAAAUAAUACAAAAUUUUCAUACUCAGGUUCUUGUUUUUCUUUUGGAGGGAGCAAAGCAUCAUGAAAAUUCAAUUACAUACAGGAAAGGUAUGACCAAGAGAGAUGAACUUGAGCCAUUCACAGUUUACCUCUUGAAUGCUCUUGAGUCAGAUUACCAUGAAAGACAAGCCAUUUUCUUUUAAUCUCAAAUUGCUGAUGGAUUUACUGCACACAACAUGUUGUGGAGGAACAUAUUUUGAAUUACAAAAUAUGAAUCUCUUGCUAGGAUGUAGAGAUGAUUCAGUCAAGCUCACACUGACCCUCUUUCCUCUCUCUCUCCCCCCCCCUCCACUCCAAUGGACUGGAACUGAAGAUCCUGUCAAUCUUAUAUUCUCCUCCCCAAUUCAUGCACAGUCAAGAAGGAAAUAAUUGUUUAUGAGGUGUGAGGUUCUCAUACCAGUGAAUGUGAUGCCAUGUAGCCUGAGUUCCAGGAAAACCUUUAACCUGAAUAUGGUGGUAACAGUUUCCUCUGCAGUAAUGGUAACUUAACACCAAACUACACAUCAUCACAUCCUGGCAGGCAAUACUGUUUCAGUAAUCAUUGCUUUUUAGGCUGUUUGGCUAGAAUUCCAGCUUAAUGUAUUGUAUGGAAGUGGAAUCAGCUAUUAGAUUGUAAUUUUAAUGGUUAUUUACAUUCAUUAAGUGUUAUAGUGAAGUUUGCUGUUACAAAAAUUAUAUACAGAAACCUUGGGAAUCUUCUGCAGAAUACAUUUGUGAUUCAGUGUUCAGGUCAUUAUGCUGAACUUACUUGAUUUCAAAAUUUAUUUGCUUUUUGUAUUUUUUUAGAACUAUUAAAUGUGUUACCAGUACAUAUUCUGAAUCUUGUGGCUUUAUUAAUUGUAUGAAUGUGAGUAAGAUAGGAUUGUUAAACAUGGCUUGUGUCAUUAAAUUUGGUUCUGUUGUCAGCUUUGGAUUUUGUGAAGAGUUUUAUUUUGAGGAAGUUAAUUGCUUCAUUCAUUAUGGCAGUAUUCCAGUAUUUGGCAUAACAACAUUGAGGGAAAUUCAGAUCUUGAGGUAAACCGCAUGUUGGAGAAUGAGCAGUGUAAUUUAUCCAUGUCUUAAAAUGUUCAGAAGGCAGUACAGAAGUGAAUUAAUAGCAUAUGUGGUUGCAGCCAAUUUUUAACAUGAAUUGCCUGACUGUUAUGUACAUACAAAAGGUUAAUUUUGUACUGUGAAGGACUUGUGUAUUACUGUAAUCUUAAGAUUCAUUUUCUUGUUGGAUAGAAUCUGCAGGCAGUUGAAUGUAAAUUUUAAGUGUUCAUACUAAGACACUUAAAUUGGUACAUACCACUGUACAAAUAAGCAUCUUUUUUCCUCAAAUUUUGUAGAUAUGGCUACAGUGAUUAUUGUGCAUCACUUCCAAUUUCCUACAGAUAUAUUUCUACAUUAACAGCACCAGAAUCUCAGUCAUGGAAGAAUAUCCCACAUCAUAAAAAGAAAUUUAAUUCCAUUCUUAAAUGAUGAAAUGUGAGGAAGACUGUAAAUUUAUAAUGCAUUUUCAUUUUAUAUUUUAAUUCUGCUGACAUCUAUUUGAAAUUGGUGUGAUAUAUGGACCAGGCACUUACUAGGAUGGCCAGAUUUCUGCUGUGGCAAGUGAAUGCUCUGGUGAGGCUUGCAAUUCUUUGAAAUAGGCCAGAAGGUUAAUUUACUUGUUUGCUUAUAAUGUAAAUAUACUUUCGUAUGGUUAUUUCCGUGGGUCACCAAAAAAUUGCUUUGUAUGAUCUAUUUGAAGAUAUAAAGAUAUAUUUGAAGUUGA